AUGGUGUGGCCAACAGCACUCGAUAAGAAACUUGGCGAGUUCAAUGCAAUGGAUCUCCCCGGGCAGCAGUUAGCAUCAGCGCAGGCGAACACGCCAUUAGACCAUGUACUAAAUCUCGACAUCAAGGCACCAGCGGCUUGUCAGCGUCUGACAGGGAUCAUGGCAACCAUGGGGAAAUCAACAUAUGACGUUGAAGUUAUCGAGAAGAUGAUAUCGGCUGGCAUGAAUAUCGCUUUACUGAAUCUCUCGUUCGAUACAUUGGAAGAUCACGUGGAUACGAUAAAGUUAAUACGACAGGCGGCGAAGAACCACAGCAUUAGGAUCGGUAGUCAGUAUCCCCUGGCCAUCGCUGCACGUCUACCAGGAAAAAAAAUCAGGACUGGAUAUAUAUCUGACACGUAUGGCAGUUCUGUGGAGCUCGUAGCAGGUGAAUCCGUCCGCCUAACAACAGACGAAACAUACAAAGACAGAUGUUCCACUUACACCGUCUACGUCGACUACAUGCACUUUGCCGAGCAGAUCAGCAAAGGCGACUAUAUAGUGAUAGACAACGAAAUGAUCGUCCUCAAAGUGGAGAUGAUAUCUUCCACAACACUGACGUGCGUUAUCGAGAGGGGCGGCCAUUUGGGAUCAUUUAAAGAUGUUUUCGUCCCUAAUGUCACUUUUGAUAUGCCGAAUUAUACUGAUGCCGAUAAAAUGUUUAUUGAUAUGGCCGUUCGGAACCAAUUGGACAUUCUUGUCGCGUCUUUCGUUAACUCAAGUAAUAGUAUUACCGAGCUCAGGUACUUAAUGGGAGAGAAAGGAAAGAAAAUAGCUAUUGUUGCUAACAUCCAAACUAUUGAAGGGUUUCGUAACUACGAUGACAUUAUGUCGGUUGCAAAUGGCAUAAUGAUAACUAGACAAGAGUUAGGUUCAGACAUAACUCCAAAAAAGUUAGUAAUAGCACAAAAGAACAUGAUUGCUAGAGCUAAUAACGCAAAUGUUCCUGUUUUCUUAAGCGCACACCUCCUAAGCAACAUGCGGUACAACGAAGUGCCGUUGCGAGCGGAGCUGCUCGAUAUAGCCAACUGCGUGCUCGACGGGGCCGAUGUAUUGGUGCUCUCUGCUGAGACUGCCGUCGGCCUCUACCCGGAAGCUACGGUGCAGUGUAUGGCUGAUACUUGCAAGGAAGCUGAGGCUUGCAUUUGGACUAAACAACUAUUUUCUGAUCUCAUUGACAAGACACCUAUGCCUUGUGACCAAACCACUGGCACCGCAUUGGCAGCUGUGAUGGCUGCGCAACGGUCCUUAGCCGCUGCCAUAAUAACCGUCACCACGUCUGGCAAAUCUGCUCAAGUUCUGUCCAAAUAUAAACCUCGCUGCCCCAUCAUUGCCGUCACCAGAUAUGGGAUUAUUGCUCGACAGUUGCAUAUGUGGAGAGGGGUGAUCCCUUUAGUUUAUGAAUCUGAUCCAGCCGUUGAUUGGCAAAGUGAUGUUGAAAAUCGUGUGAAAUACUGCAUCGCUUGGGCCAGGGAGCACGGGUUUGUUAGGAUCGGUGACCCGCUGGUUGUCGUGUCAGGAUGGAAACAAGGUUCUGGCUUCACCAAUACCAUGCGAAUCAUGUAUGUUCCCGCUGACCCUGCGAGUUAGUGAU